AUGGACUGGCGCUAUAAUCAGCGUGCCUCUAGCUCCAGGCAAUCGUACAACUACAACUACGAUCAGUACUACUACUCCGACGAGGAAGACGACGAAUAUCCGCCUCGAUACCAGUAUCAGAGCCGCAACCAGGAACUCGAACCCCAACCCAGCUACACGCAACGCUCUCCCUCACCAGAUUCUGAAAUCAGACACCAGCCACCUACAGACGUACAAGGGCCCAAGAAAGGCAAAGAAAGCAUGUCGUCCUGGCUCUCGCGCACGGCGUCCACCUCGCAGGCGCAAUUCGCCGCCACAGCCCUCGUGUCAGGCGCAGUGGUCGCAGGCGCGAUAUUCGGGUACCAGCAUGUGCGGCGGCAGGAGAGGGUCGAGGAUCUGAAGAGCUCGAUCCCGGCGCUGGGGCGGAGCCAUCAGGCUGAUAAGGGUUUGCUCGUGCUGAUGGACGAAGUGAAGCUCACGGAUUUUGGGGCGGCUCCUUCGAAGACGGGGAUGAGUAAGGAGGAUGAGAGGAGUUUGGAGUUUGCGGAGAGGGCGCAGCGGGGGGAUUAUGACGAUGGUUUGUCCUGGGGAAAUUCUCGGGCUGUCGAGGGAGAAGUGCUGACGUGGGAGGCAGAACUCAUUCUGGAACAACUUGCCCGGAACAGAGUCUUUCUCAAGGAUGAAGGUCUUGCGAAGCUUCGAUCGGCUUUCAUAAUCGUGGUGGGAUGUGGAGGGGUAGGAUCUCAUUGCACGGCAGCGCUCGCCCGCUCGGGUGUUUCUCGAAUCCGCCUCAUCGAUUUCGACCAGGUUACUCUAUCCUCCCUCAACCGCCAUGCAGUAGCUACACUUGCAGAUGUUGGAACACCGAAGGUGUCAUGCCUGAAGAAGAGACUACAGCAAGUCACACCCUGGGUGCACUUUGACCUCUGCAACGAACUGUUCGGCGCAAGUGCUGCCUCGAGAUUACUUGGAGACUGGGAGGGUCGGAAACCAGAUUACGUCGUAGACGCCAUUGACAACAUCGACAGCAAAGUCGCUCUGCUCGAAUAUUGCUACAAGAAUCAACUCCCCGUCAUCUCCUCAAUGGGGGCAGGGUGCAAGUCCGACCCAACACGUAUCUUCAUCGGCGACAUAUCGGCUAGUACCGAAGACCCUCUUUCUCGCGCCACACGCACGCGUCUCCGUAAGGUCGGCGUAGCGUCUGGCAUCCCAGUUGUCUUCUCGACCGAGAAACCCGGCCCAGGAAAAGCCCAGCUGCUCCCGUUACCGGAAGAAGAGUACGCCAAAGGAUCAGUCGGCGAGCUUGGUGUGCUACCUGAUUUCAGAGUCAGGAUAUUGCCAGUCUUGGGUACCAUGCCUGCGGUGUUUGGAUAUGCGGUUGCAAACCAUGUUAUCCUGCAGGUUGCGGGGUACCCGAACGAGUACGUCCCUGCGAAGGGGAGGGAGAAGAUGUACGACAGCAUCCUCGCCGCGCUGCAAGGGUCGGAGGAGAAGCUGGUCAGGGCUACCGUGCCUGGGGAGGACGCGAGGGGCUUGAAGACGGGUAUCACUGUUGCGGAUGUGGGAUACGUGGUCGAAGAAGUGUACAGGGGCAAGAGUGCCAUCAGCGGCAUCUCUACGAGACUCACACUGGUCAGGUGGCGGAAGCCGGAGGGCAGCAUGGUCGAACUGGGCGUAGAGGGGCAAAAGAGCAGCAAGGUGAAGGCGAGGGAGCUGGUGUGUAUGACCAAGGAAGAAGGGGCCAGGCAUGAGAGAGAGGUGGUCAACGGGAUGAAGAGCCCGGAGGAGAUGUAUGAUAGGGAGACGGUGGCGUACGUCGAAGCGAGGAUCAGGGAGGAGAUUGGAUACGAGAAAUACAGAUGA